GUAACUUAAACGCAUUUGUAAAACGUAAAUAAAGAGAAUUCGGUGUCUGAUGUAAAAGGUGGAAACCACCACUUGGGGGUAAAUCUAGGUCAGAGAUUCGCCCAAAGGAUACGGAAAUAUAAUGGGUCCCAUUGUUGAACCAUUCUCACUGAAGAUGAGUCUUCCUAGUUCAACAAAGCCAUUUACAAAAAGGGGCCAUUGUAAAUUCUACCAUUGAAAUCCGAUUCAGGUUUUUUUACACUCAUGAAAAGCAUGGUUAAUAAUAAUGAGGGCAAGUAGCCUACCAGCUAUUGCCCUGACGCGUUUGGGCACGAGGACAUUUGGAGAGGGGAGAACGCUUGACUCCUCACCUGCAGAACCGCGUCUUUUAUCGUCUAUCCUUUCUUCGCGCGCGGCGGGAUAAUCCACCGGAAUGUAUUUAACAUGAGACUUGGACAGGGAUCAGGGCUAGUUGGCAACGACCACGGAAAAAGAGGUUCCGCGGACCAAAGUGCUUUUUUGGGGAUUCAUUUAUUUAAUGAUGAUUUUUUUCUUUUGUAGGUAAAAUGAAUGGUUGGCAAUAUAGUCUAACUAUUUAGCAAGAACGUGUAACGCAUGUCCAACGAAUGGGUCUCACCGAUGGCUGAAACUCAAUCUGUUAAUCUGAAUUCACCUAGUCAACGGGUAUAUAACGCCAUAUAAAGUAAAUACAGCUAAACUGUGCCAGAUGACAAUAGGAUACGUAAAACCAACAAUGUCAUUGCAGCUGGACACCGACUGAAAGCAAAUGAAACAAUUAGGUCUUUGAACUGAAACAACAUGAAGUUGGCUCAAUUCCUAAUCCUUUUGCGUCCCCACCUAUUUGCAACAGGUUGAGCACUUUGCCUUCCACAAAUGCACUUAUAGCGCGGUGUCGACAUUUGCUCUGCCUUUCGGACGGAUUUCGCCGCAAUGGUUGAGCACGGUGGUCUUGAUAUUAUGUGUUUAAAUAAGUCCUACUGUCACAGUUCCUCGACCUCCUCCUCCAGCUCAGAGCGAGAAAAGAAAAUAUUCACCAAGUUGACAGUCAGUUUGACUGAGGACUAUCCGCAGAAAAAUGCCGAAAUACUGAGCGGCCAGUACGGGACUAAUUUACUUUUGAUCGGCAUUGCCUUGAUGCUGGCUAUUGCCAACCAUGGCGCGUCCGUGGAGGAAGAAUGUCUGCUGUCAUUUAUCACGACCCUCAUGAUCCUCCAGCUGUUCUGGAUGAUGUGGUACAUCGCGAAGAGGGACAGGCAGAGUGACUUACAAGCAGAGAGGGAUGUUCACGCUACUACCUGCUGGAUAAGAGGUGGUUUAACUCUUCUUGCACUCCUGUCAUUGAUCAUGGAUGCGUUCCGUAUUGGAUAUUUUGUGGGAUAUCGAUCAUGCGUAUCGCCUGUUCUGGGAGUAUACCCUGUCAUCCAUGCAACUCACACAAUAGCACAAGUGCAUUUCCUUUGGUUUCACAUCAAGGACGUCAUCAAGACCUUCACAACAUUCGAAAGGUUCGGCGUCAUCCACGCGGUCUUCACCAACCUGCUGCUAUGGUGCAACGGCGUGAUGUCUGAGGCUGAACACUUCCUGAAACACCACACGAGGAAGCUCACCGCCCUGGGCUACACAAACGUCACCAUGGUGGAUAUCAAGCCGCCCUGUAACUGCACUACCAGCGCCUGUGCCAUGUUCUCCAACAGCCUCUACUACCUUUACCCCUUCAACAUCGAGUACCACAUCUUUGUCUCGGCGUUGCUCUUCGUCAUGUGGAAGAACAUAGGGCGCACCAUUGACCUCCAGUACAACCGCAAAAGGCUGGCGACCAGGACUCAGGGGCUGGUGAUCGGCCCCAUCCUGGGUCUCGGUGCCCUGGCCAGCACCAUCGGUGUGCUGGUGGUCUACAUCAUCCACGUGGAAGAGUCUCUGGACACCCGGGAGUCGGCCAUCUCCAUGUUCUACAUCUACGGCAUCGUCAUGCUGGGGUUCAUGUGCUCGGCCGGCGCUGCGGGUCUCGUCAUUUACCGUGCCGACCCUGUGCCCAUGGACACCACCAAGAACCCCUCGCGGAAGCUGGACACCGAGCUCCUGUUUGGCUCGUCCGUGGGCUCCUGGCUGAUGUCCUGGUGCAGUGUGGUGGCCGUGGCGACCACGCGCAGUGGCUCGAGCUACCGCUGGACCAACCUGACGUAUUCGCUACUCAUCGUCCUGGAGAAGUACGUCCAGAACCUGUUCAUCAUUGAGUCCCUCUACCGCCACCGGGAGGAGGAGGACGGCGAGGACUCUGAGGGGGUGGAGGCAGCCCCGGAGAUAUUCUCCGUUGCCUCCUCCUUGGCUCCGCCCUACAAUGGCAUCAUUAACCAGGCGUAUGAGAACCCCGAAAAAGGCUGCGCUGCAUUGGGGAACGAGCGGGAGGAGGACGGACAGUAUGGGUGCCCACAAAAACAUUUGGGGGUUCCCCUUCAUGUCGGGACCAACGGACAGGAAACCCCAAGCAAGAAGAGGCAGAUUCUGAAGAACAUUGCCGUCUUCCUCUUCAUGUGCAACAUCUCACUCUGGAUCCUUCCUGCCUUUGGCUGCAGACCCCAGUAUGACAAUGGCCUGGAGGAGGAGACGUUCGGCUUCCCCAUAUGGACCACAGUUCUCAACUUCGCAAUACCCAUGAACCUCUUCUACCGCAUGCACUCGGUGGCCUCCCUCUUCGAAGUGUUCCGGAGGGUGUGACGAGACCGGCCAACGUGCGCAAAACAACACCACCCGUCACCGAAUGCCCCCAUCGAGGCAGAUUGCAGCAACACAGGUCAACCUUUCAGGAGGAGCUCUGGUCAUGCGCUUUUAGACGUUUAAAUGAGCAUGGAAACAGAUUUCUCAGUUUUGAGGCCUUGUACUAUAUUAGAUUACCCCCAAAGCGAUGCAUUUGCAGACGCUUUUUUUUAACACCUCAUCUUUUAAAUACUUUAGGGUUGUCACUGACCCUGCCUACGCAUGAAACAAAAAAAGAUUUUAAACCUAAUCCCCAACCUUAAAGAUGCACUCUGGAGUUUUUCAGGCAGUACUUACGAAAGUGGUGCUCAUGAGACAAAACAUCAUACAAUUGUGUACAAUUGUGUAUCACACAUUUUGUAUAUAAGUUCACGACUACCCUUUUGCAAAUACUGCAUUGCCAUCAACUUGUAUAAUUCGUAACAUAUGAUAUGAAUUUGUGUACUUCCAAUUCUAAAAGGCAUCUAUAAACAUACUGCUAACCAAAUCCUAAACUUAAAUUAUGACGAAAGGGCAAAGGUCAAUUUUCAUGAAUUUUAUCAAUACAGACAAUUUUGACUUCAUGGCUGUGCUUGAUUGAGCUGGUCUAGCACAAUGUAAUGAACGGAACAACCCCAAGCAUGUACAGAAUUGCACCACCUGAAAGUCCAUUCAAAUGCUCAAAUAACUUUAAAGAUUUAAAAUUGUAUUUGGACCCAGGACUGAUAUUGUCUUGUUGUCAGAAUUGAAAAGUGAAAUUAACAUUUGAAUUUAGGUCUAUCUAUACUCUUAGUGUUUGGGUGUGUCCUCUGAUUUGUGUUGUGGAAGUCAAGUUUUAAAAGGAAUAACAUUAAAUGUCUAGGAUUAUAAAUCAUUUUAACUAAUUGUGGGGCUGUGUGGGAAAGUCUGACUAUACAGUAUAUUAGUGAUAUAUGAACAGUGGCUCUCAAAAGUAUUCAAUCCCCAUGGACUUUUCCAUACUUUCUUUUUUCCACUGAUCAACACAAAAAGUCCAUAACGCCAAAGUACAAAA